CCCCGCCUAUGUCUUCCAUGGUUUAUGUUUACAUACUCAGCCAUAACAUAUUGGACUGUUUUUCCCAAUAUUUUUCCUGUUUUCGUUAGUGUUAAACGUAUUGCACCAUUCAAGCGCAGACACAAAAGCAAACACCCUCAACCAGGAUGGACGCACAGGGCGAGGUUGCGGACUACUUCAGCGCCAUCCUACGAAAGGACAAUGAUGUUUCUGCUGGUAUUGCAGCUAUUCGGACUCUCCUUCAUUUCUUAGAAAAGGAUAAUUCUAACACCAUGCAGGAACUGGAUAAUAAGUUAUCAAAAGCUAUUGCAGCUAUGCGUAAAACUGAUCACCCAGUGACAUCUGUUGCAUCUGGAACGGAGCUGUUCCAAAGAUUUAUUACUUUAACACCACUAGAUAUGAGUUUUGAUCAAUGUAAGGCAAGUAUGUUGGAGCGAGGCAAGCACUUUCUGAACAAGUUAACAGAGUCCCGGGACAAGGUGGCUAAAACAGCAGCCCCUUUUAUUGUAGAUGGAUCUAAAAUCUUGACUCAUUCCAAAUCAAGGGUUGUUCUUCAAACAAUGAAAGAAGCUGCAAAAGCUAAUAAAAGAUUCACUGUGUUUGUCACACAGUCAUCACCCGAUAAAAGCGGUGAGAUCAUGUGUAAAGAGUUGGAAGCUGCACAUAUACCUUGCACUUUGAUUCUGGACUCAGCAAUGGGAUAUGUUAUGGAACAAGUUGACAUGGUAAUGGUUGGAGCUGAAGGAGUAGUUGAAAGUGGUGGAAUAAUUAAUAAGAUUGGCAGUUACACAAUGGCUAUGUGCUCAAAAGAACUGAAAAAGCCAUUUUAUGUUUUGACGGAAAGUUUCAAAUUUGUCCGAAUAUAUCCCCUCAAUCAACAAAACCUGCCAAAGGAAUUCAAGUACUCUGCAAGCAAACUUCAGAAAGAUUUAUCCAAAGAGCAUCCCAUGGUAGACUACACUCCUCCUGCGUACAUCACUCUUCUAUUCACAGAUCUGGGAAUUUUAACGCCAUCAGCAGUCAGCGACGAAUUGAUUAAGCUAUAUUUAUGAGAUUAGUAUUUUGUAGGUCUAGCAGUUUUGGUGCAAUGCAAUAACAUAUACUGCUUUGUUUUCUUUUUCUUUAUUAAAAACAAAACGCCAAGCUAAA